AUGGCGUCUGCUGAUGUGAGACAGGAGCUGGACUGUUCCAUCUGCCUGAGCAUUUAUACAGAUCCUGUAACCCUGAGAUGUGGCCACAACUUCUGCCGGGUCUGUAUUGAUCGUGUGCUGGAUACACAGGAGGGGGCUGGAGUAUAUAGCUGUCCUGAUUGCAGAGCAGAGUGUCAGGAGCGUCCUGCACUGAUACAGAGCAUAGCUCUGCGUAACAUAGUGGGGAGUUUCCAGUCUACUCGCCCAGAUCAGGAGGAGACUGGGAUCUUCUGCACUUACUGUGUGGACUCUCCUGUACCUGCUGCUAAAUCCUGUCUGCUGUGUGAGGCUUCUCUGUGUGAUAAACACCUGAGAGUACACAGCAAGUCACCAGAGCACGUCUUAUGUGAUCCCACCACUGCCCUGGGGAACAGGAAAUGCUCCAUCCAUAAGAAGAUCCUGGAGUAUUACUGCACUGAGGAUGCGGCCUGUAUCUGUGUGUCCUGCAGGCUGGAUGGAGAACAUCGGGGACACCAGGUGGAUAUAUUGGAUAAGGCGUCUGAGAAGAAGAAGGCGAAGCUAAGAAAUGUUCUGCAGAAACUGACCACAAAGAGAGCGGAGACUGAGAAAAGAGUGCAGAGUCUGCAGGAGCGCAGGAGAGAAGAUCAGAGAAAAGCAGCUGGUGUAAAAGAGACAGUCAUUGCCCUGUUUAGAGACAUCAGGAGACAGCUGGAAGACCUGGAGAAGAGAGUCCUGAGUGAGAUCUCCAGGCAGGAACAGCGCGUUUCACUCUCUGUCUCUGAUCUGAUCCAGCAGCUGGAAAUAAAGAAGGACGAGCUGUCCGGGAAGAUGCGUCACAUUGAGGAGCUGUGUAACAUGUCUGAUCCAGUGACUGUCUUACAGGAACCAGACACAGGGGACUUGUGUGAUACUGAGGACACAGAGAGACAUGAUAACCAGGUCUGUGGUGCAGGAGAUCUGGAUGUGGGUCUCAUCUCAGGGACAUUACACACAUUAUCUGAUAUAAUAACAUACAUAAAUACAGGGAUCUAUGUGCAGGAAUAUACAGACCCUUUACUGGCUGUAGCCACAGCUGGUGAUACAGAGUCUGAUAUAAUAACAGGUAUAAAUACAGAGUUCUAUGUACAGGAAGCUACAGACAUAUCACUGGAUGUAACCACAGCGGGUAAUAAUAUACAUAUAUCCGGUGACAUGAGAACUGCAUCCUGGUCAGGUAUAGAUCUACAUCGCCCAGUAACAUCAGAGAGAUUUGAGUAUAAUCAGGUAAUAAGCACCAGGGGAUUCUCCUCAGGGCGUCAUUACUGGGAGGUGGAUGUCAGUAAGUCCGUGGUGUGGAGGGUGGGGAUGUGUUACCCCAGUAUAGGCAGGAGAGGGGAGCAGUCACUCAUUGGAGGUAAUAACAAGUCCUGGUGUUUGCGUAGAUAUAAUAAUCAGUACUCAGUGAGAUAUGACAGUACAGAGAGCCGGUUAGCUGACAAUAUCCCCUGUGACAGAGUGAGGGUAUACCUGGAUCAUGAGGCAGGACAGCUUUCCUUUGAUUCUCUGUGUGUCGGACACUUACACAGGAUCAGACACUUACACACCUACACUGCCGCCCUCACUGAGCCCCUCCAUGCUGCGUUAUUGGUAGGGCAUGGGCAUAUAACUAUAUCUGGGGGAGUCAGGAGCUGGGAGAAAUUACCAUGAGAAAUCUGCCCAGAGACUGGUGACAUCACAGGGAAGGAAUAUGAUUGGUAGAACAUUCAUCCAAUAGAAAUAAGCAGUAGAUUGAGCUACAGCUGAGUCCCCACCACCCCUGUGUACCAGGUGACCACUGUGCCUGAAUGUGUUCCUAUCAGGGAUGGUCAUCAAUAUGUUCAUCAUCGAUGGUUGUAAUUGAUGGUGAAGUGGCAAGUGACCAUCGAUGGCUACAAACUAUUCAACAGAUGACCAUCGAUGGUUACACAGGCUGAUGGUCAUUGUUGUUAUUUUACUGACUGGCACAUAGGCCAAUGAGAACCUGAGGA